AUGGACACUUACGUCUUUGUCUAUGGAACGCUCAAGCGCGGGCUCAUUAACUACGAGAGAUACUUGCAGCCGGCAGAAUUAAAAGGCAAGGUGGCGUUCAUGGGCACAGGACUCACAGCCUGCGCCGAGUUUCAUCUGGUGCUGGACCCCGACCGGUCCGUGCCUUGUCUGUAUCGGGCGCACACCGAAGGCUACCAGGUUCCUGGAGAAAUCUACCGCGUAGACACCGAUGUGCUGACGGCAUUGGACAUUUUGGAAGCCGUAAAGGAUAAAUAUUACGUGCGAGAGGAGAUCCACGUGAACGUCGUGGAGGGGGAACUUAAGCACCAGACGGUCGCGUGCCAAGUGUACAUUAUGCCUGUCCGAGAGGACCUGCUUCAGCUUGAACGCAUCCCAAAUUACACGGCGCUCAUGCACAAGACGUACCGUCCACGUACAAACACGCCUAGCCUCGAAGUGCUCAAGUGUCUAUACGGAGUAGACGUGACGAACGCCGUGCAGAGCAAGCUGGACGAGGGGAUGAAGUUUGACGAUGCGUGGAAGGCAGUGGUGAGGACGUGA